UCUACCAGCGGUGAAGUAAAAAACUGAAAAAAAGACGCGAAAUGGCGGAGUUACUCAGCAGUCUGUUAAAGUUGUUUUCAUUUCUCUUUUUCCUACUCUGCUUUAUCGCUCUGCGAGUUUCCUCAUGUGGAAUCAGCACGCACAUAGACAUUGCCCAUCAAGCUAUCAACUGGUUUAAAGAUGCAAGGAAUAACACUGAUUACAGGGAAAUCGUUCUGAGGCAUCAAGAUGCGUUUAUAGGCGGAAAUCCAUACCCAGAUGCCAUGUAUUCAGGGUUGUGCUUUAAAGGAAAAUUUCACGAAGUUGCUGAAGAUACACACUGGGCUCCCUUUCUUAAUGCCACUGUUAGGUAUAUCAGAAAGAAAUACCCAAAACCUUGGGAUCAAGAGACGGAAAAGUUGGUUGCUUUUACCCUGGGAUUUGUAUCACACCAAGUAGCAGAUGUGACAUGGCACAGUCUUGGCAUUGAUCAAGGAUUCCUCACCACAAUGGGAGAUGUUAACUUCUUUGGAAAAAAACCAGCAGCUCAUAAUGUUGGGGACAUUGGUGGAGAUAUGGUUGCAUCAUUUGAAGGAGACACAAGGAAUAUAACUGCUAGCAUUAAUAAGUGGUAUGUUCCAAAAAAAAAUUUGGAAGAUAUUUAUCUUGAAUAUUAUGGGGAGAAAAAAAUUAACAAAGACGAGAUCGAACUCUGCACAGCCCUCCUUCUGCUUGGUUGGAUUGGAGAGCACUUUGGUGGAGCUAAGUUGUUUUCUAAGUAUUCAAAGACUUCUCCCUUUUUAAUGGAGAACCUGCACUCAUAUUUCCAAGGGGGUGUUGCAGACAUGGCAGCCUGGUCAGUUCUUCUUUGGCACAAAACUAUUGACAUGUUAGAACAUGGGACAGAUGUAUGUACUAUUCCACAUAGUCCUCUCUUUAUUUCCUGCAACAAGAGUGAUCCUGCCACAGUUUUAUCAAGGAGACAGUUUGACAAAAAUCUGAAGAAUCCUGGAACAGUUACACCAGCAGAAAUACUCAAACUUGUUGAUUUUUCUGAUAUAAAUUUUAAGCAGACCAAGAGAGGCACUUACUUUUCAUUGUCAGAAUCUCUUCAUAAAAAGAUGUUAAAAAACAAAAAUGUAUCGAGGGGUUGCCAUGGCUCUCAAAACUGCCAUUUAAGAGAGACGUCACGUGAGAACAGGGUAGAUCAAGAGACAUUAUCGAAACCUGCAGAAUAUUCAUCAUCUGUUCCUUAUGCAAGAUUAGGAUGGUCUCUUGCUUAUGGCAAUUUUAAUGGUCAGAAUAUUUCCUUAGUGAUUGGUGCACCUGGGUAUGGUACCCCAGGCAACAGCCAACAUGGUCGGGUAUAUCUUGUUACUAGUGAUGCCGACAGUGGCUUGCCUGAUAAAGACUUAGACUUGGAUGCAUCUGCUGAUAUGAUUCUGGAUGGUACUGUGGAGAAUGGACGGUUUGGUACUGCUUUGGCUGCAGUGGAUUUUAACAAAGAUGGAGUGGAUGACCUUGUUGUAAGUGCUCCAGCAACAGGUGCAAAUGAUCUUCAGUACACAGGCACAGUGUACAUUUUUUUCGGAACUAAAGGAGAAGGACUCAUUCACCACCCAAGUGUCACAAUUCAUGGGAAUGGAACAUAUUACAAUCUUGGUACAUCUCUCUUGGGGGCUGAUAUUGAUGGGGAUGGAUUUAAGGACCUCAUAAUUGGGUCUCCUUAUGCUCCUGAAGGAGGACCUCAGAGGGGAUCUAUUGCUGUGUUUUUAGCCAAGACACAUAUGAAGCCUGGUUUGGAUUUGUCCGUGCAUAGUGCAGACCUGAUGGCUGUUGGUGAACAAAAUUAUAGUUGGUUUGGUUAUUCAAUGACUGUGACAAGGGAAAGUGGAAAGAUAGUGUUACUUGUUGGUGCACCUACAUUCAGAUUAUGUGCCAAAAAGGACUGCAGCUACUCCAAGGAUGAUGUGCAAAGUGUUGGCAGGGUGUAUUUGUUCCUUCCUAACUUAUCACUCCAACAUAUGGCAACCAUAACAGGACAUCAGACAUUUAUGAAGCUAGGAACCAGCCUUUCUGUGGGGAAACCUUACAAUAACAGUGAAGACAUUCUUGCAGUAUCUGCUGCAACUCUGUCAUUUGAGGGCCAUUUGGUUGACGUGGAAGACAUACCAAUUUCCUUUAACCAAUCAGGUGCCAUCUACUUAGUGAACUCAACAAAAGUUCUGCAAAGUGGAACUGAUAUAUCUCUUAAUGAUUUGAGAUAUACUGCCAUUUUUGAAGGGGAUCGCAGCUAUGCUAGGUUUGGUUGGAGUUUGGAUUUCACUGAUGUGAACCGCGAUGACGUUACAGACUUAGUUUUCUCUGCACCAUUCAGAACGGAAGAUAUUACUGAGGAGUUGAAAGGAGCUGAAGAAGGACAGCUGUAUGUGUUCUAUGGGGGAAAGUCUUUUCCAUCUGGAAGAGCCACAAGAGAAUGUCAAGAAGUUGAACCUUGUCCUGGAGAAAAGGCAUCUUAUGUGUUGAAGAGGACUGAGGUACUGUACUGCUGUUAAAGGUGAUUUUGUAUGUGUGCGUAACCUUGAAUGUUCAACCUCUGCACA